AGAGAGAGAGAGAGAGAGAGAGAGAGAGAGAGAGGAGGGGGGAAAGAACGAAGGGUGUUUUUUUUUUUUUCAUUCCUCAGGAAGUCGGGAUUAAACGGUGCUGCCGCCAGUCACAGAAAACAUGAGCUGAUGGCUUUUUCCAUUAUUUGUUUUUUAAUUUUCUCCAUUUUUUCUUUCUGUCAGGGGGGGCUUGCCUUUUUCCCUCCUCUCAUCAGCUUGCCUAGCAACAUCAGGGGCUAGUGGAUGCACCAGUGCUGCUCCUGUCUGCACGCUCCAGAGAUCCACGUCCAGCCCGACAACAGAUGUGCCCGCAACCAGGGAUCGCCACGCACACCGUGAAGCUUCCUCAUUUCCCUUCGGGAUUAAAAGAGACGCGCGGACAGUAGGGGCGGGCGACGGGGCAGAGACAGUGAGAGAGAGAGACAGUGAGAGAGAGAGAGAGAGAGAGAGAGAGAGAGAGAGAGAGAGAGAGAGAGAGAGAGAGAGAGAGAGAGAGAGAGAGAGAGAGAAGAAAGAAAGAGAGGGGUUAGUAGUGCUUCAACAGAGAUCGUCAGGAGAGGAGGGGAAGAGGAGGAGGUGAAGAGCAAAACCCAAACCUGAAGGCCAAAGCAAACUGAGUCGGACAUGACUGCUGUGGACCCCAGAUGGGAGGAGGGCACGCCAACCGAGAUCUACCCGGAGCCAAAGUGAGGGAAAUGUGUGCUGUGUGAUUAGACAAGAAGGGGGGAGGGGGGAGGGGGUUGGCGGGUGGCAGGGGAGGGAGGGUGGACCAGGACAUUAGCCCAGAUCUCGGAGGCGGUGAUGGUGUGCCGACAGACGGCACCAGCGUUUGCACAGUCCGCCCCGCCAGACGCCAAGGAGCCAAGGCUUGCCUGUCUCCUGCUUUACCGGGGGGGGAAUCUUGGACGUGUUCAAAACAGUAUCGGCCCGAUCAAAUGCUGUCCUCGUCGAGGUGGGUGAAUUAGAUUGAUCAAGCGGAUCAGCGAGCGGCGCUUUCAUCUGCUUCCACCCGUCCAUCACUCUGAAGUAGUUUGCACUUUCGCCAAGACGCUCGGGGGGGAAGGCUAAAUGCUGAGGUGGACAUUUCGAACGCACCCGUUUGCCUCUCCCUGUCAGCCGGUGAGUCUCCACCCGGGACGGUUCAACUUUAAUACCUUCUCAUGGGUUACGCACAGCAGUAUGUAUCAUAAAGGGGGGGGGGGGGGUGUUACCUACAGACACACCAGCCAGCAAGGCACCCUUAUAUAGCACACGGUGACCGGGAUCACAGGCGAGGAGAAUUCACAGAGGCACGCGGCGAGAACGAUCCGAGAGGUUCGAUCGCUUAGAAAGGCGAGGUUGAAACACACGAGCCGUGGAAGAACAGUGAGGCGGGCUGACGUGGCCGAGAGCUCGGGUGGCCUGCCCCCCCAACCCCCCCCCCCCCCCCCCGAGAUCUCCCCAGUGCUGGGAUGAAGAAGCGAACAAACAGCCUGGUUAGCCAGUCCCCCCCCCCAGCCCAGCCCCCUUCCCACCCACAACCUUCUAGAUUAUCCACACAGAUACACUGGACAAGCCGGCCUUUAACAGAGAGCUACAGAAAACACUGAGAAUGGGGGAGAUUGUCCGGAGAGGGGAGGACGACCCAGGUGUGUGUUUACAGCGAGUUCCGAGGAUGUAUUGUAACCGCCGGCUGAAUGCCCUCAACACUUCCCAUGCUUCAGACGAGCUGAAUAGCAAAAAGUAGGAACUGGCUAAAGAGGAAAAUACGAUAAGACAUACAAUCCACUGAGAACUGAACUACUCGGCUGUUUUGAAGAAAGCCAGCCCCAGAGCAUGAGACUGGAGUUGAGUGCAGAACCAGAGAAGAGCCUGGAAGCAGACACUAUGGCCAGAGACUCAUCCCUCUCCUAGCUCUGCCAAGGGCCUCGAGAAACUCUCCUCUGACCUGCGCAGCUGCACCAGGGGGCCCACGCGUGGGUUCUUGCUCCACCAGGAGGCCCCACGCAUUGUUCCAGCUCCUGCAGGGGGCCCACGAUUUGUCCCAGUUCCAACAAGGGGCCCCAGCUCCACCAGGGGGCCCACAAUUUAUCCCAGCUCCACCAGGGGGCCCACGAUUUAUCCCAGCUCCACCAGGGGGCCCACGAUUGAUCAUUGUUCAAGCUCCAGCAGGGGGCCCACGCACUGUCCCAGCUCCACCAAGGGGGGCUCGCAUCCGGCCGUGUGUCAGCUCCGAGAACCCCUUUGGCUGUUGACAAGCACAUGUUUGACGUGAUCGGAUGUGACCGUCGUGGCCGGCCCUUCCUGAGCAGCAUCAGCACCCUGCUACCCAGAGCCCCACCAUGCAGUGGAGACGGCGCCACUGCUGUCCCAUCAAGAUGACCUGGACGGUGAAGCGCUCGCUGUUCCGGACGCACGUGGCCGGGCUCCUGUCCCUGGCGCUCCUCUUUACCCUCUUCCUCUUCUUCAGCCACCAGGACUGGCUCCCGGGGCGGGCGGGCCCCAGGGACAACCCCCUCGCCUACACCGUCAGGGGUCUGCGCAGCCCCCGGGCCGAGGCCAACCAGAGCGCCUCCCUCCGCAGCCUGUGGAGGGAUCCGGGCUACGCGGUGCCCAAGCCCUUGCUCAACCUCAGCUCCCAGCAGGCCGAGGCGGCGGGCGGGGGCGAGAUGGGUCUGGAGAACUCCAUGAGCGCCAACAACAGUUUGCAGCGAGAGAUGGGCGUGGGAGGGCGGCUGAAGGCGCGGCCGUACCGCUACAUCCUCAACGAGCCGCUGAAGUGCCGAGACGGCCCACCGUUCCUCGUCCUCCUCAUCGCCGCCGAGCCGGGCCAGGCCGGCGCCCGCAACGCCAUCCGGCAGACGUGGGGGAACGAGAGCGUGGCGCCGGGCCUGGGCUUCGUGCGCCUCUUCCUCCUGGGGCUGGGCCGGGCCUCAGACAGCUACACCCAGAGCACCAUCGAAGAGGAGAGCCGCCUGCACCACGACAUCAUCCAGCAGGAUUACCAGGACACCUACUACAACCUCACCAUCAAAACCCUGAUGGGCAUGAACUGGGUGGCCAGCCACUGCCCGCGCGCCCGCUACGUCAUGAAGACGGACAGCGACAUGUUCGUCAACACCGAGUAUCUCGUCCAGAAGCUCCUGAAACCGGAGUUGCCCCCCCGGCAGCUGUACUUCACGGGCUACCUGAUGCGGGGCUACGCGCCCAACCGCAACAAGGACAGCAAGUGGUACAUGCCCCUGGAGCUGUACCCCAGCGAGCGCUACCCCAUCUUCUGCUCGGGGACGGGGUACGUGUUCUCCGGGGACAUGGCGGAGCUCAUCUACCAGGCGUCGCUGGGGAUCCGCCGGCUUCACCUGGAGGACGUGUACGUGGGCAUCUGCCUGGCCAAGCUGCGCGUGGACCCCACGCCGCCGCCCAACGAGUUCCUGUUCAACCACUGGCGGGUGUCGUACUCCAGCUGCAAGUACAGCCACCUGAUCACGUCGCACCAGUUCCAGCCCAACGAGCUGGUGAAGUACUGGAACCACCUGCAGAGCAACAAACACAACGCCUGCAUCAACCUGGCCAAGGAGAGGAACGGCCGGUACAGACACCGGCGUUUUCACGGAGAGAGACCGUGACGAUGGUGCGCCAAACGGGGGCGGAGGCUAAGCGUGGACCUGGGAAGGGCACUCGACACUAAACACACUUGGGCGCAAGAGCACAGUGUUUUUGGUAUUGUGUACAGUGGAUUCCAACUAUUUUUUUAAUUUGGGAGAGAUGUUAUGUAUUGUAAAGCUGUUUAACUCUUUCUAAAGGGACAGUAAUGUUCAUGUACGUGCAAUAUGACGCAUGCACAAAAGAAAAUACACAAAAAAAAAAUCAUGUCCUAACAGGAACGAUGGCGUGUAUGCCAGCUGUGGUGCCAAUUCAAAGAGCUUCAAGCUAGAAUGUGACAGGUCUCCUGGCAACAGUUAGUUGAUGCCAACAGUCUGGCCAAUUCUAUCUAAAUAUCUUUAUCUGAUUCAUAAAAUGAAGAUCUUCAAAAGUUAAUGUAAAUGUAUUACAGUCAAAGCACACUACCUAAAAAUGUAUGAAUAUAUAUAUAUGAUGUGGACCAGUAUUGCUGCCCUGUCUCAAUGUUUACUUUACAGAAUUAUCACAAAAAAAAGAGUUUCAGGAUGGUCUUUCAGGAGUCGGUCAUAUACUUUGAUUUACAACCAACGUGAAAGAGCUCAGAAUCACAACAGUCAGAAAUGACUGAGAUUGUAUUUUCUAAAGCUUUACAUUGAGUGAAUAUCAGUCUGCACUAAACCAAUGUGCAAUGAUUAAUCAACAAUUAAAUGUAUUGAAUUCA